AACCAAAACAACAUCGCAAAUCAGCACACCGACCUACGCCGUGCCGUUUCUUCCUACGUCUCAGGCAGAAAUGCAAUUCUGCUGAUGACGCGACAGAAAUACCUUACCAAUCUUACCGAAACCCACCGAACCUUAGAAAAAUGCCUAAGAUAAAGAGCUAUACCCCCGCCUGGUUGUUGGCGCCCUCGCCCGGCCACGAUCUCUUUGUACCCAACACAAACGAAACCCCAACUACUUCAACCUUUACCUCUAAAGUCUCCUCCAGGGAUGGACCGCGACGAACGAUCGCUCGCCGUGGUACCGAAGUAUUUAUUGCGGUUGGAAAAGAAAUAAGAUGGGCAGACCUCGUCUAUGUAAAGGAGCGAUGGGAGGAAAAGCAAGCAAAGGCUCGAGGUGAUAUCCGGAUUAAGCGUGAGGAUUCCGAAGAGGAACUAUUAAGAGAGUCGAUAGAGACUGGUUGCGCAGAGGGUUUCCGAACUAUUAAAACCUCCGUUGGUAGCGAUAUCCAACAGCUCAUCAUAUCGCCGUAUGCGAACUUCAUGGCAGUUGUAACGACUCACACCAUUCGUAUCCUUCUCUUGCCCGAUUCUUCCCACCUCACAGCGCCGAGUCUUGAUGCCAUCAAACCGAAAUCAUGGACCUUAGGCCCAACAACUCAUGUUAUGGAUCGUUCGCCGAUCGCGUCUGCUAUAUGGCAUCCUUUGGGGGUUAAUGGCUCCGCGUUAGUUACGGUAACAAAGGAUGCUGUCGUCAGAGUCUGGGAGCUUUCCCAGAAGGAUCGAUGGUCUUUCGACACACCCUCCCUUACUAUUGAUUUGCAGAAGCUUGCGGACGGUACCUCUCUAGACCAGAACUUUGCUGCUUCGCCGGAUGUGACAAAUAAGGGGUUCUCCCCCGACUCGUUCGAGAUGGAUGUAGCGUCGGCGUGUUUCGCUGGUAGAGGUUCUGGUGGUUGGUCGCCGAUGACGCUCUGGAUCGCGAUGCGCGAAGGUGACGUUUACGCAUUAUGCCCCUUACUGCCUACGCAGUGGGCGCCACCGCCAACUCUAAUCCCAUCGCUCUCGAUCUCAAUAGUCGGGAACCUAGCGGCAGCCGAAGACGAUCCAAAUGUCUCCGAACAAGCGAAAUUAUUGGCGCAACAGCAACUGGAUUGGAUGUCAGACCUUGACAAUCAAGAACCGCGAGUUAUUGAGGGCCCCCCAGGAGAACCGCCCACGGAGAUAUUUACGCGCCCUACAAGGCCAGGCGUAGUUCCUCGCUUACAAGGACCUUUUGACCUAGAAUUGAGCCCAGAGAGCGAAGACGAUCUAGACACUGAGCUAACGGACAUUUUCGCAAUUGGUCAGAAACUUGAUACCGACGAGUUGAUGAUGGGUGAAGAUGAGGAGCUCGAGAUGGAGGAUGUUGAAGGGGAGGGCCUAUCUCUUUCCAUUGUCUGCUUACUUUCGUCGAGUGGUCAGCUACGAGUGUGCCUUGACCUAGACGGUGUACAAGCCCAAUGGCUUCCUCCCCGGAACAAAUCCAAGGCUAUGGGCCGCUUGACCGAAUCCCCAUCUUUACUAACAUUCCAAAGCAUGGACAUAUUGACUGAUCUAGAGGUCACAGAAGAUGGAUGGCCGAUGUUUAGUUCUGACGUCACUUCAAGAUAUUCUUUCUACAUCACCCAUCCCUCCAGCAUCACGCACAUAUCCUUAUCACCAUGGGUCUUUCGCCUGGAAAGUGAGCUCCAGGGCGAUUCGCAAGCUGGAUCUGAAUUUAGAAUUGAUUUGCUAGUUAACGCGCAAAGCUCGACUAGGGAGCGACUUUACACAGAUACAGCCCAGGGUGAAGGCCAGCUUCCACUAGCUGCCGCACUUGCGAUUCGCGACCCUGACCUUGGCUAUUUCUUGUUAUCUGCAACUCCAUUUGAUCCAAUCGCCUUGAUAUUUGACACGCCAGAUGACGACUUCGCCCCAAUCCGGUCUGACUCGCCCUCCUUUGACAAGGAUGCGGAAGUCCAACCCUUAGACUUUUACGAGCCCCGCCCUGUUUUCCAGCUAUCACACAUUUUCGAUGAAAGCUCGCAAUUACCAGCCCUGCUUGACCAAAUCCGUACAAGCCAUCACAAAACUAUAGUUAAUCAGGAAGUUCGGCUUUCGCCGGUCACAUUACAACUCUUUACCAAGGCGCAUAAGAUGGUUAGUAUGGAAACACAUAGGCUCGGUAUCGCGGCCUCCGAGGUAUUCCGACGAUGCGUUCAGCUGCAAACUGAACUUAGACAGCAAGUCACUAAAGCGAAUGAAGUUAAGGGUAGGGUUGAGGCUAUUACAGGGGAAGACCUGGACGAUGGCGAACCAGAGUCAAGUAAUGCCGCGAUAGAGAGGCGGCUGCAAAGCGCAAAAGAGAGGGGAGAGGCUCUCAACCGUCGAUUGGAGAAGAUGCGAAAGGUUGUCAGCAAGGCGACCAGUCGCGAAUUGAGCGAUAAGGAGAAGGCUUGGGUUAACGAAGUUCAAUCUCUUGAUAUAAGUUUGUUCGGAUCGACGACGCCAACAGAGGCGCCAACACGAAUCAAGCAGGCUAGGAGAAGGUUUGAGGAGGUCCAACGACUAAGGGAUGAACUUGUAGAGGAGGCGGAGAAACUAGGUGCAACGACUGGUGAAGGAGAAGAGGGCGUGACCACCCCGGCGGCUGACUUGCGGAUACCAUCGGAACUCCGAAAGGUUAAGAUAAAUCAAGUCAAGGGACUUAUCGAGCGUGAGACGGCUUUGGUAGAUGCAGUCAAAGCGCGACUCGAGCGAUUAUCAGUUGUUGGGUAGGUAGAAGUACGACAGGCAGGCGUGGCAGCGCUAGGAUACUCCUAGUCGAAGGAUGUAUCCCAUCAAGGAAUGUAAAAAAAAUGUGAUACUACUGUCUAAUAUGCAUCCAGUUUAGAAACAGGGCGAU